GACGGUCUUGGUCUGAUCUGCAUCCAGGGCUCUCAGUCUCUUGAUCUUGAUCCAGAAAUAGUCGUGAAGGAAGUUCUCUCAGAGAUUGACCUUUUUGGCGCACUGACGGAAGUUGUACGAGCUGCUGAUCCCGCUGUGGUACUCGGAUAU